CAGAUCUCCUGCCCAUGUCAGCUGGUGCGAUUGUGGGUAUAAUCAUUGCAGUGGUUUCAUUGAUUGCCAUUGUGGCUGGCAUCAUUGUUUACAAAUAUAGAGAAAGAAAAAGGAAAGAAGAGGAAAGACAGGAAAGAGAAAGGCCAGAAAGGGAAGAACUGAACAAAGUCAUAAAAGUUUUGAAGCCUGAAGAGAUGCAGUGUGAAGACUCGUCAGUGGAGACUGGUUUGCUAAACCAUCUAAAAAAAGUCUCACUACAGGAAUUAAGGGAAAAGCUGCAGCAAAUUCUGGAAUCUCGCUCUGAAGUUGUGCUGCGUGGUAAAGGUCUCACAGAGAAAAGCUGUGCAGUUCUGGCCUCAGCUCUCAGCUCAGAGAACUCGAAACUAACAGAACUGGACCUGAGUGAGAAUAAACUGCAGAAUUCAGGAGUGAAGAAGCUCUGUGAGGGACUGAAGAGUCCACACUGUCAACUGGAGACACUGAGGUAAGAUCACUCCCUCACU